UUUCAGAUUAAAAAUCACUUCUUUCUUCUUCUUCAUCUUCUUCUUCAAGGUUUCCGUCCUUUCACUCUCAACCAGAAGAUUCAGUUGCAUUAUCUUUCCCGGAGAUGGGAAAAUACCUAAAGAAGUCAAAGAUCGCCGGAGACUUUUCCUUAAAGGAUACCCCUCACACAACCACUCUCGGUUUCCGCACCAGAGCCGCCGCCAAAAACCUCGCCUUGCACCGUCUCCGAUCUCACUCCACUUCGCCGUCCGACGUCGACGCAGACUCCUUUUGCUACCUCCAGCUCCGGAGCCGCCGUCUCGUCAAGCUUCCGUUACCCACCGAUACGAGGAAACAGCAGCAGAACCAGCUCAUACAAGGAGAAACGAGAAACCCUAGGUCUAAAUCUGGUUCUCCGGCGGAAAAAUCAAAGCCGGAGACGACGGUUUUGGCCACGGAGAAAGAAGAUUAUUGUGGUGCUAACGAUGAGAAAUCUAAAUCUGAUUGUAAUUUUGGAGAGAAAGGUUUCGAUUUCGAAUCAGAAGAGAGUGAAACGACGCCGUGUAGCUUGAGAAGAGACUCAGAAGCUAUACGAAGUGUUCCUUCGUCUAGUGAGAUUGAAAGCUUCUUUGCAUUUGCAGAGCAGCAACAACAGAGAUUCUUCAUUGAAAAGUACAACUUUGACAUUGUGUCGGAGAAUCCAUUGCCAGGGCGUUACGAUUGGGUCAAAGUGGUGCCACAAAAUGGUUUGUAAAGUUGUGUGAUUUAUGUAACAUCUGUGUCCUAAUAGAUGCAAUGAAGUUUCACACAGACUAACAAAGAUUUAGGGGUUGUGGAUAACUUGUUAGUUAAGGUAAUGUAAUGUUUUAAUCUCUCUAAUUUGCAAGAAAAUAAAGUCUAAUUUUUUUUACUGGUUA